UUCACCCAAACAGAAAGCUGAGCUUCUGACAGAUCCAGGCAGCAAUGCUCUGGAGGAUGCCACCCUCGUAAAGGAGGUGCUCACAAACUUGACAGAGCCCGGCAAUGUGGAGCAGCUUGGUCAGUUUUUUCCUGGUGUUCACACAGUCACUCCAGCAGACAAACACAACCUACAUCCAAAAUGUGGCGGUACGAGAGACCAUCUUAAACCUGACUCUGAGCAGCCUGGCUCUUAAAUUUGACGACUUUGAGGUACAAGACUACCAGCUGUGGUUUCAAGUUUAUUUGAUUCCUGUGAUAGCAAGCAUCCAACCAGACAGCCUGCGGGUGAUACCCGGUAACAUCAGCUGUGAAGCCUACGGAGCGAUAGUCACUGGCCUAAUGGAAAGCCUGAAGAUCCUGCCACCGCAAAUUUCAAUGGACGUGAGGUCAAGCCUGGAAUCACUGCAGGAGGCCUUCCCAGAUUGUGCAACACUGGAUUCUUUCACGUGCAAAGACACACACGUUGAUGAAAAACUCAUCUGCUCCGAGGUAGACAGCUCUCAACUCCACGCACUGGAAGAUGACAAUUCUACUGAAGCCGUGUGCAACUUCACCAUCACUGAACACGCCUGUGCCCCGACAAGACGACUCUCAGCAGAAAACUUGGCCACGCUCUUGAAGUGCUCUCUGGAAAGCAACCGGAUGUACGUGGUGGAAGUUUGGCAGCUUCUUUUCCAAAAAGCUUCUCCCGUACUCAGACAGGCUCUGGCCUCAUUCUCCGCCACGGCCCCCACCGCCAUGAGCGCAGCCUAUUCCAAUCCUCUUGAUGCUUUGAGAGAAGUGGUUGCUAAAAACCUCACACAGGCUCAACUGAAGAGUGAAGAUUUUGUUAGAAGCUGGUUCCAGAUGGAUCUCGGUCCAUUCCUGGCCUCCCCGUCAACAAAUUUCCUCUUCUGCCUUGGCACCUACAACUUCAGCUGCCAGACCUACCAGAUUGUCAUCGGAGCAUUCAGCAACCAAAGCCCACUGAUGGACAACGACAGAAAGCGAGCAGUCUUUACUCACUUCAUCCAACCAUUCCUUUCCAGAAAGGAUUUGCCAGACCCAGGCUGUGUGUCAUCCGCCAAUAGUAGUCAGCUCUGGCUACAGGCCAACUUUGGCAAUUUCUCUCAAUUUGCCAGCGUAGAGGAUCUGCAAGCCCUUUAUCCCAACUUCUCCAGUGCCGAAGUCCUGUCGAAACUGUCUCCCUCUCAGGUAGCAGAGUUUCUGCUGAGCACAGACAUCUCGAAUGACACACGACUUGUCGAUCGAGUCUUUGAGCGACUGCAGGUUGGAAACGCUGUUGAAAACGUGGACGCAUUCUUUACCAAACUUACAGAGAAGGAGGUCCCAGAGUUUCAAGUUGACGUCAGAGAUCGCAUCAUGAACAGGACCUACAUCAUCGUCGGUCCCUCUUUCCCAGAGUUCCCUGAAAAGGAUCUUUUUGACUGGUUCCAUGUCAAACUGGUCCCGGUUCUCCCAAGUUUCACUCCACAAAUGCUCCAAGAUGUAAUCACCAACAUCAACUGCACAAAAUACCAUGUCAUCGUGAGUGGGAUGGGCAAAGUUGUGUCUGCCGUAGCUCAGGAAAGACAAGAAGAAAUUGCAGCUGUUUUGCUGCAGUACCUGAAAAACUCUGCUGAUGUCAUCAACCGGCCAGCUUGCAGGGUAAACAUCCAGACCGAUUCCCAGUGGGUGGAAACAAACCUGGGCCCAUUUUCUCAAUACGCCACAUAUUUUGAGCUCAAAUUCUUCAACCUCUCUCAGAUUACCAUAGCAGAUUCACUUUCUUCUGGACAAAAAGCUGAAUUUCUCCUUCAACCCGACAUUCUUGCCAAUAUCUCUCUUGUCAUCACUGUUUUUGAACGUUUCACUGAAUCAGCUUCCUUAGAAAAUCUCGAGCUGUUCUUCAGUACAUUUGUUGAUGGUCUAGCUCAGCAAAAUCUGACUUCUGUUAACCCCAGCAUGCGUGUCAAUAUUCUAAAUCUGACAAUAACAGCACUCGCACCAAAGUUCCACCUAAUAAAUCCCGAAGGCUUCAGGUUAUGGUUCCAGGUGUACCUUCCACUCUUCCUCCCAAGCAUCAAAUCAACAACCUUUGAAAUAAUUCCCAGAAACAUCUCCUGCAGUUCAUACCAACAAGUGGUCAAGGGAUUGGACAACAUUAUCAGCCAGCUCUCCGCAGAGCAGAACCAAGAGGUUCUAAUGUUUGGAUUAGAUUAUCUCAAAGCUCAGCUAACUUCAGGACUUUCCUGUGUUGAUGCUGAAACUAAUGACAGAGGUUGGCUUGAAGACAACUUUGGUCAGUUUCGUCUUCAAGCCUCUUUUAAGAAUUUUCUGUCUUUGAAGAAAGAUUUCAAAGGAGUUGAGGUGGCAGAUCUUCUCACUUUCGGUCAGCUGAAGGAGCUUGCAGCAAUCCCUUCCCAGCUGAACGGAACGCAAGAUGUGACAAAAGUCAUGAUGUUCAUCGAGCCGGCUGACUUUGCUGCUUUCUUUGAUUCACUUGCUCAAGCAGUUGCGAGCCUGUCAAUGAACUACACACAGGAAGUGAAAUCUGCCUUCCUCCAGUCGGUUUUUGACAGGGGGGCUCUUCCAGCUGUCAGUGACGAAGACUUCCUGCAGUGGCUAAGGCGACUGCAGCCGUUACUCAUCGACCUUUCUCCAGAUCUGGUGCCCCGCUUUGUCAGUCUGGCAGCAAACAGGAGCUGUGCCAUCAGCCAGGAGACGAUAAAUGUGCUUGACACCAUACAGACAACACUCAGCAACAACACUAAAUCUGAGGUCUACAGAAACAUCCUCAUUUUCCUCCAAGAUCCAACGCCGCUGAGGUGUUACAGUGGUGGAAGCCUCUACCUCUUCCUGCACAACAUUUUCCUCAGCUUUGGAUUUCCUGAUCUGAUGACGUUCAUAUCUCUUCUGCCACCAAAGCGCGAGUCAGAGCUCCUAAAUACCAUCAGCACCUCAGAGCUGAGUCAGCUCCUCAAUCAGCCUGGCACAAUCAAUAACAGUUCAGGCAUCUGCAUCAUCUUCAGCAACUACAACAACACUCCUUCCUAGAAAACGAGGACGUCCCAGAUGAUGUGAGGAGGAUCAUCCUUCCCUGUGUUUGGCCUUUGGCUCUGAGCAGCAACAGAAGAUCUGAGGUUGAUCUG